GAAAGGUAAAUAUGGGUUCUGUUGUAGGGUAGCAGUGAGACACGGACCCUCGGAUUCUUGGCACAGGGCAAGCCUGGGCAGAAAGGCCGAGCACACUCGGCUAGAGAGUGUUAAAGCCCUCUCCAUUCCCGGGCUCUGCCCCCCAGAAUGGUGGUGCCUUCGUUGAAGCUUCACGAUCUAAUCGACGAGAUCCGCGGGGCUAAGAGGGAGGCCCAGGAGCAGGAGAUGAUCUGGAAGGAGUGCGCCCACAUCCGCGCCUCCUUUCGGGAUAGGAACCCUCUGCACACGCACCGCCAGCUGGCCAAACUGCUCUACGUCCACAUGUUGGGCUACCCCGCCCACUUUGGACAGAUGGAGUGCCUGAAACUGAUCGCCUCCCCCAGAGUCUCAGACAAGAGGGUGGGCUACCUGGGGGCCAUGCUUCUAUUGGAUGAGAGGCAGGAUGCCCACCGGCUCAUUACAAACAGCAUCAAGAAUGAUCUGAGCCAGGGGAUUCAGCCAGUACAAGGUCUGGCCCUGUGCACUCUGAGCACCAUGGGCUGCGCUGAGAUGUGCCAGGACCUGGCCACGGAGGUUGAGAAACUGCUCCUGCAGCCCAGCCCCUACGGACACAAGAAGGCUGUUCUGACUGCGGUGCACGAUUCGGAAAGUCCUGAGCUGUCCAACAUCUUCCUCCCACUCUGUGCCCAGCUGCUUCACGAGCGCCACCACAGUAAAGCCACUGGGCUCCCCAUUGCCUGCUUCCACUCUAGCUGGACUAAAGAAGUGAAAGUUGCAACAGGAAUACCAGCUCAUAGAAGGGCAACACACAUGCAGUUAUGUAAACUUUUCCUUGCCCCUGCCCCACCCUUUGCUUCCCCCACCAUGACCCCAGGCAUCCUGCUGGGCACCAUCACCCUGAUCAUGAAGCUCUGCAAAGGAAGCCCUGCAGCUCUCAGGCACUUCCAAAAGGUGGUACCCCAGCUGGUGCAGAUCCUUCGGACUCUGGUGACAUUGAGAUACUGCACAGAACACGGCAUAUCUGGAAUCAGCGACCCCUUCCUGCAGGUCCAGAUACUUCAUCUGCUUCGGAUUUGGGGCCGGAACCAUGAGGAGAGUAGUGAGACCACGAAUGACUUGCUGGCCCAGGUGGCCACUGACACGGAAACCAGCCGAAAUGCAGGCAGUGCAGUCUUGUUGGAGACAGUGCUCACCAUCAUGGACAUAUGCUCUGCAGCUGGUCUACGGGUUCUAGCUGUCAACAUUCUUGGCUGCUUCCUACUCAACAGUGACAAGAACAUUAGGUACAUAGCCCUGACAUUGUUGCUGCGGCUGGUGCAGUCUGAUCACAGCGCUGUGCAGCGGCACUGGCCCACUGUGGUGGAAUGUCUGCAGGAAACUGACGCCUUCCUCAGCCGGCAGGCCCUAGCAAUGAGCCUGGCUCUGGUGAACAGCUCCAAUGUGCAAUCCAUGACACAGGAGCUACAGGGCUUUCUGGAGUCCUGUCCCCCUGAUCUAUGGGCUGACUGUGCGUCAGGCAUCCUGUUAGCAGCAGAAAGAUGAGGUGACAAGUUUGCCCCAACCAAGCGGCGGCACAUAGACACUAUCCUGCACCUGCUGACUACAGCGGGCACCCAUGUGCAGGAUGAUGCAGUAGCCAACCUGACCCACCUGACUGGGGGAGCCCAGGAGCUACACGCCUGUUCUGUGCACCGCCUCUACAACGCCCCGGCAGAGGACAUUUCCCAGCAACCACUGGUACAGGUAGCUGCCUGGUGCACUGGGGAGUACCAGGACCUCUUGGAGGGGAGCUGUGAGGAAACUGAGCCUCUUCAGGUGAGGGAAGAAGAGAUGUUGGUGCUACUGGAAAAGGUGCUGCACUCCCUAAUGUCCCUGCUGGCCACAUGAGGAUACACCCUCACAGCCCUCAUGAAGCUCAGCACCCGAUUCCGUGAGGACAACCACAUCUGGCAGGUAGUAUCCAUCUAUGGGAGCUGUCUAGAUGUAGAAUUGCAGCAGCGGGCUGUGGAGUAUAACACACUCUUCGGGAAGUAUGACCAUAUGAGGGCUGCCAUCCUUGAAAAGAUGCCUCUUGUGAAGUGAGGUGGCCCUCAGGCUGAUAAAGAGACAGAAGAAAGCAAAGAAGCCCAGCUUUCAGAAGCAGCCCCUGUCCCCCAGAGUCCCCAGGCCUCAAAGCUCUUGGAUCUGUUAGAUCUCCUGAAUGGCACUUCUGGGAAUGCCCAGCAUCCUCCCCCUCUAGAUCCCUCCCCAGAAGGUACCUUAGUACACCUCCUUGACCUGCCCUGUGCGCCUCCACCCCUGGCUCCCAUCCCAAAAGUCAAAGGGUUUGAGCACGAGGGACUACAGCUGAAUCUGUCUUUUGUUCAACCCUCUGAAAUCCCUGCUUUGCUUUUAAUCACUGCCACUGCCACAAACUCGUCUGGGAGUGAUCCGGCUGACUUACUGUGCUCUGCCCAAACCUCCUAUGCUCAGAGUUUCCAGCUGCAGCUCCAGGCCCCUAGUGGGGACACAGUUCCAGCUAAGGGCGGCCUUCCCAUAACCCAGCUCCUCAGAAUCCUCAAUCCCAACAAGGCCCCCUUGCGGCUAAAACUGCACUUCACCUACAACCACUCUGGGCAGUCGGUGCAGGAGAUCUUUGAGGUGAACAACUUGCCUUUGGAGACUUGGCAGUAA